AUGAGCGUCACGGUCCAAUCCGCGACGGACCCGGGCCUCACUCUGUCCAAGGACCGUUGUGAGCCUGGCUCGGUCAACAUCCCUGUGGCAACCUGGCCCAAGACAGCCGAAACGACAUCGGUCGACUCCGAUGCCGUUGCCACGAAGAUCGUCGACUCGUUCAAUCAAGCCCUUACCAACGGAGACACCAAGGCCAUUGCUGAUCUGUUCCUCGAAGGUGGUUACUGGCGCGAUCAUCUUGGUGUUACCUGGGACUUGCGGACUCUGAAAGGACCCAACAAAAUCGCCGAGUUUCUUGCCGAUGGGUGCACCUUGAGCAAGAUUGAGAUCGACCGGAGCUCGUCGUAUCGAGCGCCUCAACUUGGAGCCUUCGAUGGUACGGGAGACGUUAAAGGCAUCCAGUUUUUCUUUAACUUCACCUCAAAAGAUGGUGCUGGGCAGGGUGUCGCCCGCCUGGCCGAGCGGGACGGACAAUGGAAGAUCUUUACCUUCUUCACAGUGCUCCAAGACCUCAAGGGCCAUGAAGAAGCCGUAGGACCACGACGGUCGAAAGGUGUAGAGCACGGUGGGAAACCAGAUCGAAAAAAUUGGCUAGAGAGGAGAAAGGCUGAAAUCGAUUUCGAAGGCAAAGAGCCCGUGGUGCUGAUUCUAGGAGCCGGCCAGGGCGGACUCACUGCGGCAGCGCGUCUAAAAAUGCUGGGCGUUGAGACACUGAUCAUUGACCGGGAAGAUCAAAUCGGCGACAACUGGCGACGUCGAUAUCAUCAACUCGUCCUGCACGACCCAGUCUGGUACGACCACAUGCCAUAUCUCCAUUUCCCAGAGUUCUGGCCCGUCUUCACGCCGAAAGACAAGCUGGCCGACUUCUUCGACUCCUAUGCCAGACUGCUCGAACUCAACGUCUGGGUCAAGACGACGUUAGAAUCGACUUCGUGGGACGAGAACAAGAAACAGUGGACCAUCACAGUCCAGCGGACCAAACCCGACGGCAGCACCGAGUCACGCACGCUGCAUCCAAAGCACGUCAUCCAAGCUACCGGGCAUUCCGGCAAGAAGAACUUCCCAGCCCACAUGAAGGGACUCGGCAAUUUCAAAGGCGACCGACUAUGCCACUCGUCCGAAUUCACCGGGGCCAAACUAGACGGCAAAGGCAAAAAGGCUAUUGUUGUAGGCUCGUGCAACUCCGGCCACGACAUCGCACAGGACUUCUACGAAAAAGGGUACGAUGUGACGAUUGUCCAGCGGUCGACGACAUGCGUCAUCUCCAGCGAAGCCAUCACCGAGAUCGGCUUGAAGGGUCUCUACUCCGAGGACGGCCCCCCAGUCAACGACGCGGACCUGUGGCUCCACAGUCUCCCCAGCGAAGUGCUGAAGGCUCUGCAAGUCAAGAUCACCGAGUUGCAAGAGAAAUUUGACAAAAAGACUCUCGAUGGGCUCGCGAAGGCCGGGUUCGGGUUGGACCGCGGGCCCGAAAAUGCUGGACUGUUCAUGAAAUAUUUCCAGCGCGGCGGCGGGUACUACAUCGACGUCGGCUGUUCGCAGUUAAUCAUCGACAGCAAGAUCAAGGUCAAGCAGGGCCAGGAGAUCGACGAAGUGGUGCCUCAUGGACUGAGAUUCGCGGACGGCAGCGAGCUCGAGGCCGACGAGAUCAUUUUCGCCACGGGGUACCAGAACAUGCGGACGCAAGCGCGCGAGAUCUUUGGCGACGAACUUGCGGACCGUGUGGGUGAUAUCUGGGGAUACGAUGCCGAGGGCGAGAUGCGGACGAUCUGGCGCAAGACGGGUCAUCCGGGUUUCUGGUUCAUGGGCGGCAAUUUGGCCCUGUGUCGGUAUUAUUCCAAGAGACUGGCUUUGCAGAUCAAGGCGUUGGAGGAGGGUUUUUGUCAAUAUUGA